CCCAUCUCCAUGAAUUUACAGAGAAGGCUUUUGCAGAAGCAGAGCAACCCUGUUUUCUUCUCUUAUAAUCUCUCAAGUCUCAGCCAUGGCCGCAUUGCUGAAGACUAGCCUCCCCCUCAUGCUCCCCACCCUCCUAUUUCUCUACAUUUUAGUUUCGGUCUCCUCCGCCACAACAAUAACAAUGUACAACAAGUGCACCCACCCAGUGUGGCCAGGCAUCCAGCCGAGCGCCGGCCAGCCUAUCCUUGCCCGCGGCGGCUUCACCCUCCCACCCAACAAAGCCCACACCCUCCACCUCCCCGCACUCUGGUCCGGCCGCUUCUGGGGCCGCCACGGCUGCACAUUCGAUGCCUCCGGCCGCGGCCGCUGCGCCACCGGCGACUGCGGCGGAAACCUCUUCUGCAGCGGCCUAGGUGGCACCCCACCCGCCACCCUAGCGGAAAUCACCCUCGGAAACGAACAAGACUUCUACGACGUCAGCCUCGUCGAUGGCUACAACCUCGCCAUCUCCAUCACCCCGUUUAAGGGCUCCGGCAAGUGCAGCUACGCCGGCUGCGUCAGCGACUUGAACAUGAUGUGCCCUGUCGGCCUCCAAGUCCGCUCCCACGACAACCGCCAGGUGGUGGCGUGCAAGAGCGCUUGCUCUGCUUUCAACUCUCCGAGGUACUGCUGCACCGGCAGCUUCGGCAGCCCUCAGUCGUGCAAGCCGACGGCGUACUCCAAGAUCUUCAAGGCGGCGUGCCCCAAGGCUUACUCGUACGCUUACGACGACCCCACCAGCAUCGCCACCUGCACUCGCGGGAACUUCUUGGUCACCUUCUGCCCUCACCACCGUUGAUCUCAUCUCAUCCAUCUUAAUUAUUUAUUAUCCCCUAGUAGUUAAUUAAGGUUUAAUUAAUACCGUAUUACUGAGUUAAUGCUCUGUUAACCUUCAGUUUAUGGUUGUGCUUUAGUUGCAGGGUUUAAGGGUAUCUGAAUUUCUUCUAUAUUUUAAUGUAUGGAUGUGAUUAGAUGGGAAGGUGAGGGGUAUUUUGGUAAAAUGAGUUUUCUCAGUUCUCUCUGACUCUGGUCUGAGAAGUGUGCCAGUUUUGGUAUCCAAUAGUCUGCAUACUGCUGCUGAUUUUUCUCUCUU